AGUUCACAUGAGACUCUUGACAUAGUGGAGGAGAAGAAGCAGGCAGAGGUUGGGAUAGAAGAAAUAAUACUCAUAGACGAAACCAACAAAGGGAAAAUGCAAGUUGCCACUGAAGCUGGGGAAACAUGUAAGGUGGAGCAGCUGUCAAAAAAGGACUCUUCCUCAUUGCCGUCAGAUAGUAGCAGCAGCAGCAGUAGUAGUGAGAGUGAGGAUGAAGAGGUGGGAGAAUACCAUCCACAUCAUAGGGCAAUUGAGGAAGUCAUCAGGGAAGAACAGGAAGAAGAGGAAGACAUGAGGAGGAAAGAACAUGAAGAAAAAAUACAGCAUGUGGAAGCCACACCAGAAAGCAGUAAACUAAAUGUACCAGUUGAGCAUACACAAGUUACAGCUGAAGAUUUGGUCCAGGAAAAUGCAGUUACCAUAGCUACAGAGGAGAAGAUUUUGUCAGAGGAAAUUAAGCAAGAUUUAGGUGAAGAAAAAGAGGAAGAACAGCUCAAACUCAAUGGAGAUGUGUCUCAUGUUGACAUUGAUGUUGCACCACAAAUAAUUUGUUGUUCUGAGCCUCCAGUAGUGAAAACAGAGAUGGUAACCAUUUCAGAUGCCACACAGAGAACUGAAAUCUCCACUAAAGAAGUUCCAAUUGUUCAAACAGAAACUAAAACUAUCACGUAUGAAUCUCCACAGUUUGACGGCAGUGCCGGUGGCAAUGCUGGUGUGCUGCUGAGUGCACAGACAAUUACAUCAGAGUCAAUUUCUACUACCACAACAACACACAUCACAAAGAUGGUAAAAGGUGGGGUAUCAGAAACAAGAAUUGAGAAGCGCAUUGUCAUUACUGGAGACGCAGAUAUUGACCAUGAUGAGGCCCUGGCACAGGCAAUCAAAGAAGCCAAAGAACAGCACCCUGACAUGUCUGUUACAAGAGUGGUGGUGCACAAAGAAACUGAACUUGCUGAGGAAGACGAAGAGUAAAAGCAAAUACUUCAGAAGUAGAAAUGAUACUGACAGUGAUCAUGACCAUGAAGAACUGUAACCAUUCCAAGUCACUACUACUCUACUGAAUUCACCAAGCCUAGCAAUGAUGACCAGAUGCUUAAGACUUAAAUGCCAAUACCAAACUUCAUUUUUAACAUCUUUGGUCUAUAUUCCCUUAAAAUCUUUCUUGUUUAUUUUUAUAACCACUUCUUAGCAAUCUUAGAUUUUAUUUUUUUUUUAAUGAAGUUUUAUAGGGUAUGAUCUUCUUUUUCACAAAUACUGGUAUUUUUGAAGCUUAUUCUUAAUUAUAUGAAAGUGAACAAAAAAGUCUGGCAAGCAUCGUUCACUGGAGCAGGUGGUAAUUGUGCAGGAAGAGUGAUCUUUACUAAUUCGGAUGUAGUUUUUUCCAAAUACUUCAAGUGAAAUCUUUUACUGAAGUAAUUUACAGAUUAUCUUUUUUUUUUCUUUGAGAUUAUUCAGGUAAAUAUAUGGUAUCAAAUAACAAAGAUUUUUAUAAAAAUACAUUUCCUAAAAUUUGAAAAAAUGUAUUUCUUUGGAUAAACUUUAUAUUGAUUAUUUCUGUAACUCUUCCUGUUUGAAGGUUCUCUCUGUGGAGCAGAGAUGGUGUGGCAGUCUGUAGAGGAGAAGGAGUUGCAGCUACAUUUCUUCUGACUGAGCACUGUGUUCUUUUUGCACUCUGGUGCCAAUGCUCAACUUUUUGCAGCCAUUUUGCUGUCUGCAGCAUUCCAGAUAAGGAAAGAAGGAAGACAAAAUCUUUUCUUUUUUCCAACAAGAGAUGAUCUAGGCAGCUUAAAACCUUAGCGCUUUUUUCUUACUGUGUCUCGAUUCAGCACUUCCAUUAUUUGAAUACAUGUUUAGAAUGCUUGCUUUCUAUUAAACCUCACUGUCUCCAUGUUAGAACUGACAUUUCUGCUAUUGAGAAGAUAUGCAUUUCAGAUGCUUUGUCUAAUGGUUAAUGCAGGUUUUUAGGAUACUGAGUAAAAGCAUACAAUGGGCUCCAUCCAUAAAAUAAUAAGACAGUACCAUCAUUUGAGACUGCCAUUGAGGAAACCUGUUAAUUAUUUUGGAUUUUAUUUUUAUGUUGUUCUUGCAGGGGGGUUGUUUGGUUUAGGUUUGUUUGGGAGUGAUUUUUUUUUUGUUUUGGUUUUUUUUUCUGUCAACUCUGUGUAUAGUUAAAAUGCCGAAUUAGAUUUAUAGCAGCUUGAAGUUGUAUUAAGUGAUAUUUUGCUUUCUCUAAUUCUGUUAUAAAAUAAAGUUGUUUAUUCUCUGUA